AUGCAUGGUCACUCAAGUAGCCUACGUUACUUCAGAAGAGGACAACCCUGGAAGACCCCACUGAAGAUUAAAAGCCAUAUUCUCUGUGGCAUCACGGUUUCCUUCAUCAUGUCAGAGACUCGACUAACGCCUGCACAAACUGAGGUGCCACCAGAGUCUCCAGAGGUGGAGUGUCCAGUUUGCUAUCAGGAGUACGACCAGGACUCCAAACUCCCGCGCAUGCUGGAAUGCCUUCACGUCUUCUGUACAGAAUGUCUCCGCAAAAUCCAGCUCACUCCUUUGCACCCGCCAGACCCCAACAGUGCCCCCUCAAUCUCCUGCCCGCUGUGCCGCCACUCCACCCCGCUACAGGGUGGCGACGCAUACUCUCUCCCCUGCAACUCACGGAUUCUCGCCCAGCUGCCUCCCGUAGCCUUCCGUUUGCCUGCGUUGGUGACUGCCCGGCUGGCCACGGUGACUCAGCGGUUGGUGCUAUCUCUGGGAGAAAGGGAUACCCGAUUCAUAAUCCUGCCCACUGUUAGUCUGAGGGUGGAGCAGAUGGUAGAAGGCACAGAAAUGGUAAACCCACCUAGGGUGCUGCAUCGAGAGAUUGAGGUUCUGAGGAGACACAAGAAGACCCUGACAUGCGUUCAGGUUCUGGCUGUCAUCUUCUGGAUUAUGUUUGUGCUGACUUGUGUGAUUGGGGUUGUGUUUGGGCCAAGCCUCUUUCAUAAUUAA